UACACUCAAUCCUAUCAAUUACUCCUAUUUGAAGAAAGAAGCUAGAGUCAUGGCCACAAAAAGAAGAGCCUCACUAGCCCUAGUUUUUGCACUCAACAUUCUCUUCUUUUCCCUAGUCAGUGCUUGUGGUUCCUGCCCUUCCCCCAAGCCUAAACAUAAACAUAAACCUAAGCCAAAACCCACCCCAUCUCCCUCUCCUGCGGGAUACAAGUGCCCCACGGAUGCCCUUAAACUAGGUGUGUGUGCUGAUCUGCUCGGCGGGUUUCUCAACAUCACCCUCGGUACCCCUCCCGUCGAGCCAUGCUGCACCCUCAUCCAAGGCCUAGCUGACCUUGAGGCCGCCGUUUGCCUUUGCACUGCUAUCAAGGCUAACAUUUUGGGCAUCAACCUUAAUGUCCCACUUUCCCUCAGUUUACUCCUCAACGUCUGCUCAAAGAAAGUUCCCCCCGGUUUCCAAUGUCGUUAAAUCGUUCUCUCUCUUCUUGGUGUUGUUGCGUGGUUUUUGAUGAUAUAAUAUCAUCCAUCCGGCAUGCGGUGAUCAAUGUUCAAUUACCUUGUUGUACUUGUAGGGUUGUUCUUCCUUUUGGAUUGACACUGAAUAAAUGUAAUACUAUAAGAAGGUGUUUAAUUUCAUCGAAUCUACGUGUCUUAAUUUAUGGGAAAUGAAAUACUAGUGUAAUUCAGCUUGUUUAUUUGAAGAAGCCGACAAUCUUUCUUCA